AACAUUGAAAAUUUGACGGCGAGAGAGAUUCAAGAGUGACGGUGAGAGAGACAAGCUCGUGAUAUUAGGUUUAGGUUUAUAGUUUGUGAAAUUUAUUAGGAGUAGAAAUUUUACAGUUUUACUUAAACCAUCUCCAUCGAGAUGAUUCAAUUUGGUUCAGUUGACUGGUUUUAAAAAUUAAACCUAAAUUUAUAAAACUCAUCAAGAUGAACCAUUUAGAUGACUUGUAAUUUUAAGUCUAAACGAACAAUAAUUUCAUCUCCAUCCAGAUGGUUCUCAUAUGUGAAAAGUUGUUGCAAGUUUGAGUACAAGUAUAUGUUUUAAGAUUCAAUUUGAUUAGUUGGGAAACUGAUGCUUGUGUUGUUUUUCUUAUUGUGAGAAUAACCCAAAAGACAUAUAGUUAGUAAGCAUGCAUGUGGCUUCAUGACCAUGAUGUAUGAUCAUAUUUUUGUGUGUUUAGUUCUCUUUAUUUGCAAAAUAUUGCUGAUUGUUUUUCUUUCCACUUUGAUAGGUCAUGGUGAACCAAAGAAAACCUUCACAUAUAUAUUGGAGACAAACAACACAUGACAAUGCAUUCCUCAUAAAUUUUUGAUGAUCUUAAUUAUACUUGAAAAACUUGUAUCAAUCUUUAAUAUUGAAGAGAUUAUCCUGGUUGUAGUGGGAGGCCUACUAUAAAUGGUAAGCUCGAAUUCUUUUAUUCUAUAUUGAUGUGUGUUUUGACUCAUAUUUUCAGUUUACUGGUUCUUUUUUAUUUUAUAAGUUUAAUGAAGCAGAUUGUACUUUUACAAAGGUUAAGCGGUUAAACCAAUCAUUGCCAAAAAAAGUGAAAAAACAACGAUAGGUUUCAGAAGUUACUAAACUAGUUACUAACAGAUGAUCACUAGGUAGAGUGUUUCAACCAGUGUCCGAGGAGUCUCCGGACUUUCUUGUGGUUCUUCCUUGCGAUGAUGGCCUGCCGGACUAAGCGAUCAAUGAUCUUGAAGCAUCCUUGGGGGGUCGAGGUUGGUGAAGAGUGAAGUCUUGCAUUUCUCUCAAACCAAAUUUUGUAGAUCGUUGUUUGGAUAACCAGUAGACGAAGCGUAGUACGGCAGGUUGUGUCCUUGAUGUCUGACCAUUCGAGAAGGGCCGUCCGAGUAUGAAACAUGACAGGGCAGGUUGCAUUACUGGUCCUUUCUUCUUUCUUUCUUUUUCGGUUUCUUUUGUAGUCGAGACUGAAACAAACCUUAAUCUGAAAGUUAGUUACGUGAUCUAGUAAUUUCGUUUGUAGUAUACAACAACAUGCUGAUUAUAUAGUUAAAUACAUUGACGUGAGACCAUGUCUUAAGUCUACUACAUACCAUCAAAACAGGUAAAUACAAACGAAAAAAAAAACUAAUAUUAAAACAUAGAUUUAAUCAUUAAUAAAAUAAGAAGUUGGCUGAAUCAAGUCCAACAAAAACCAUAUUUAAAAACAACUAACCAAUCAAAAACUCGUUAAAGACAGACACUUCUCAUCUGCCAAUUCAUCUCCUCUUCAUUAUCAUCUCAUCUUCCGUGGACUCAUCAUCAGAUCUUAAGGACACAAAGAAGAAUGGGUGGGAUGUGCAUGUCUUCGUGUUGUGGUGGUGGUGGUGGUGGCGACGAUGGUUCUAGUUUACUAUUACAUCUCCUCAUCAUGGUGGUCGUCUGCCUCUCUGUCAUGGCUGUCUGCACCUCCAACGAACGCCGUACAUCCGUUCGUGUUGCCCGGUGCCGUUGACCAACCAUCUAGCUAUAUCAGAUCACAACAACUCUACAAAAAAAAGAUUACUUCGGAUCCUUUUCUCUUAUACAUGUAUGUGUUUUGGUUCUUGAUUAGUGAUAAAUAAGGUAUUUGGUUUUGGUU